CCUUCUUUCUACACUCACACAAAGCCCAUAACAGACUUUACCCUCUCCCUCUCUGUCGUUUUUAUACACACAUACACAAACAAAUGAAACCUUCACACUUCUCCCUUGAUUACAUACAUCAGACAUAAACUUGAGCUUCAUCUUCUCAACAAAUACACACAUUAAACCCCAAUCAGUCACCUUCUCCCUCUCGAUCUCCCAUUCCGGCGACCGGCAGGCGGAGCCGCCGCCUCUCACGGCGGUGGCGAUGGUGAUUUUGUUCAACGAGAGACACCCCCCUUUUUACGGAUGACAUAUCGGAGCACCACCACCACUGUCCGGUGGUGGUGCAGCGGCCACGAACGGAAGAGAGAGAGAGAGAACCGGAGGUGGGUGGUUCGAGGAGAGAGAGAGAGAACGGCAGAGUCAGGCGGUGCAUCGCCGCCGCUCACGGCGGCGGCAGGGGCGGUGAUGGUGGUUGGUUCCAACGAGCUUCUCCGGCGACGGCAGCAGAGUUCGGGUUCAGGUUUUGGGUUCCAGGUACGGGUCAAACAGUGUUCGGGUCAACCCCCGGUCAAAGAUGCUCAACGGUGGUCAAAAGUAAGACUCGGCCAGUUUCGGCUUUCUUUCGGUUCGGUCAACAGAAGUCAGCAGCAGAUCUGUGCAGUUGCGGGUUUUGAGGACCGAGUCGACUCAGUCAAACCGAGUCAACUCAGUUGACCCAGUCAACUCAGUCAACGGUCUGACACGAAGAUUCGGUAAAAUAUUUAGAACGAAUAAUUAUUCAUGUUAAUUACAAGGUUUUAGAACGAAUAAUUAUUCAUGUUAAUUACAAAGUUUUAUUUAUUUUGUGAAACGAGCUCGAACCGAUUCGGAUUA